AAGUUGACCUCAAAAGGGGUAAUUAAUUGUAUAUUACAAGAGUGGAUUUCUGGUUUUAAAAAAAGGCGUCUACAAAGUUAGUCAGGUGAGUCAUGUGGCCCAUGGACCUCUUGUGUCUCGAGUAAAAGACAUAACUAUUUUUCUGCUACAAAAAUAGUAUUACAUGUAUUUAUGUUUGUAAACUUUAUACAGUGGAAUUAAUUUUAUUUACAAGAAAUGAUUCAUUUCAAUCCUUGUUCUUAGCCCAUGAGGUAAAUCAUAUGACCAAAGCAAAAUAAUCAGAUAAUAUUCUGGAACUGAUUUCAGAAAAUGCGAUAGAAAAAUAAGAUAUAAAAAUAACAGAUCUAGAGUAACAUAUUUUUUUCUGGAACACCUGUAAAGUGCAUUAAAACAAAAUUUCAAAUUCUGCUUCAUGUAUUUGUUCUGAAGUCCAUUCUGAGAACAUGACUGUUAUUGUUAUAGAUCCAAGCAGUGAUGAUAUAAAUAAAGUGGAAGAGUUGAAGAAGUUUCUGAGGAAGGAGAAGACAACUGUUUCCCAUGCCAGAGGAAUACAUGUUGGAUGUGCUGAGGCUGGAAAAACUACGCUACUGAAGCGAUUAAGAGGGCAAAGUCAAACUGUCAGCAAAGCUCCAAAGUCGUCCAGGGAACUAACAACACUGCUGAAGAGAUUAAGAGGAAAACGUCAAGAUGUCAGUGAAGUUACAGAGUCCACCAGGGGACUGGAAGUCCAUCAUCAUCUCUUUAUUGUUAGAGAUGGAGUUUUAAAGGUGGCCGAUGAUGACUCACCAUUCAAGGCAUUUAUCAGAAUAAAUGCUGCAGAUUUGAAACCAGACCCAAGCAGUAGUGCUGUUGCCAGCUCUGAUGCAAAUGAAAAAGAAAAUUUGGAAGUAGGAAGUACUGAUAAAAGCACUGAAGUAGUUUAUAGCCGAGAGGAAAAGAAAGAAGAGAAUGUGGAAAUGUCUAGUUCACCCACGGAGGGCACAGAAGAAGAAAGUACUGUAGAGGUAAUGGCCAGUCUUAUCUCCUCAGAAGCUCCAGCUAUGGUGAAAGAGGAAGUUUUUCAGAAAAUCUUGUCUGAAAAAGAGAAGUUACCAACAGUAAGCAUGCUGGAUUUUGCUGGCCAGUUAGCAUAUUAUGCCUGUCACCAAAUUUACGUAACACCAAAGGCUUUCUUUAUCCUUGUGUUGGACAUGACUAAGAAGUUUGAGGAUGUUGUCAGUAAAGAGAAAGAUAACCAAGAAGGAUCAAUCUUCUCCGUGUGGACUUACAAAGACUACUUGAAGUUUUGGAUAACCUCAAUCAAGACAUUUGGAGGUAAAAAGGCACCACUGUUUCUUGUUGUCACACACACGGAGAAAAAAUCUAAAGAUGUAAGUAUUCUGGCUUGUAGAAAUGAGAAUUAUACAUGA